AUGGAGAAGACCGACGUGGUGCACUCCCGAUGUCCAUUGUCUGGGAAACGAAAAGGAGACAAUAAUCAGACCUUUCGUCAAUGCUGUGAUCACAAAUAUGGGAUCCGUAAACGUAAAGUCGAGAAUCCCCCUGUGAUUGGGCUCACACAUGAUUGCCCCCAGUUUAAACGCUUGCGGAGUUCGAAACAACAAGCAUGGAGAUUUCAAUUGCCUUCGUCUAGUGAAAUGGAGUGUAAGGAACGGGUUGAUCCUGCUCCUACGUCCAUUCCGUCUAAUAAUCUCGUUAAGGAUGUAGAUGUCCUAGGCGCCUCGCAUAAGUCAGACCUUAGAUCCCGAAAUGGGGUGAGUUCUUUCUACCAGUUUAUCGAGGGAAAGAUGUCGGACAAACUUGCCCUGCUCCGGCCGACGGUGUUUUGCCGACGCCGAAACGUCUGCAGACGCGUGGUCCGGACGAUAAACUGA